CAUAUAACUAAAUUUGUAGUAAUUUAUUUGCAAAUGGACAAUUGAUUCAGCUUCCUUUCUUCCCUCAAUUCCGUUUGACCUUUUCCCCGGAUAACAAUUUUGUAAAAACGUAAAGGAGAAAAGGUCAUAUAUGGUUUCUUGAUCCAAAACUAUCAUCAAAUUGUUGAAUCUUUAGUUUAUAUUUGAAGGCAUGUGCUGCAAAUGAGACGUUCUCAGCAAUAUUGGGGUUAUUCAGAGAAUUAGUUUAAAGCUCUAACAGCAAGCCUGGUUGACAUCAUUUUGGUGAAAGGUUAGAAUGGCAUCGUCUGCUGACUCAUGGAUGCGUGAAUUUAAUGAAGCAUCCAAACUUGCGGAUGAAGUCAGUUCUAUGAUUUCUGCAAAGAGCUCUUUGCCGUCUUCCGGACCUGAAUCACAACGCCAUUUAUCUGCAGCUCGGCGAAAGAUCACUAUAUUAAAGACAAGGCUUGAUACUCUCCAGUCCCUUCUGCAAACGCUCCCAAGCAAGCAGCCUUUAUCAAAAAAGGAGAUGAAACGUCGUCAUGACAUGCUUGAUAAUAUGAUUACGAAAGCUAAUCAGUUGGCAACUACACUCAACAUGAAUAACCUUGCAAAUAGGGAUAGCUUGCUCGGCCCAGAAACUAAGCGACCUGAUGUUAUCAGUAGGGCAACUGGUCUUGACAACCAGGAUCUUGUAGGUUUUCAACGACAAGUUAUAAAAGAGCAGGACGAGGAUCUUGAUAAAUUGGAGGAGACAGUGAUAAGCACAAAACAUGUUGCGUUAGCAAUCAAUGAGGAGCUCAACCUACAUACUGCACUACUGGAUAACUUAGAUUACCAUGUUGAUACAACAAACUCCCGUCUUCAGAGGGUGCAAAGGAAAUUGGCAUUUUUGAAUAAGCGCACAAAAGGUGGCUGUACUUGGUUGUGCCUAUUGGUCAUAUUCAUCGUUAUUCUAGCCGUUGUCAUCUUCCUAUUGGUAAAGUUCUUGUGAUCUGAUUCUUCUAUUGUUCAUUGUUGGCUACAAGAGAAGCCAAUAUGUUGCAUUCCUCUUGCAACUUCUUCAAUCAGCUUCGAAAGUUCUAGCUAUACAAGGACUACAGAUUCGUCCUGCAUUCGUUAUGAAAGUAUGUGUUAUGUAUAUCUUGUGUUUUUCGCGUAACAUUAUAGAGCUUUUAAUUUCAGAAGAAAGAAAACUUUGCCAUGGAUACCAAUGGUGAUUGUAAGAGACAAGUCUUGUGAACACUUCAAGUUUACAGUGCAAUGCAUUUUCAGGCUUAUAUUGUCUA